CGCAAAAUACAGUAACACAACUAUUAAAUGAAAUUCAAAAUUUAUCUUCUCCACCUAUUACUCAAUCUCCACAGUUUUUUGAAUCUAAUGUUUUUUCUAAUAAAUCAAACCUAGUAUCUGCCAAUUCUAUAAUUGAACAAUAUAAGUUUUAUCGAGUUUAUAAAGGAGAAGAAAUAAUUAUUCCUUAUGGAAAUAGAAAAGUAUUUCCAUUAUAUAUAAAUUUUGCAAAUUUAUCUAAUCGGAUUACAAAUUUGAAAUCAGAAUUACUAAAAAUUAUAAAAGGACAAAAAUAUAGUGAAUAUCGCGUAAAUGUAAUUAAAAAAAUUCAAGAAAUAGAAUUAUCAAAAGUCAAUAAUCUAUUAAUUCAAAUUAAUUAUUUUGAAUCUUUACAACCUGGAUAUUAUGGACUUAAGGGCUUAGCGAUUAUCUUAAAAAUUUUAACUGAAUUAUUUAUUCAAAUUGAAAUACUAACUGUAGAUCUUUGUAUUCCGCAAUCUUCAUCCCAAUACUUAUUUCAAGUUUUGGUUCCUGAAACUGCUAUUAGACUUAUUGCAGAGGAUUAUAAAGGCAUUUCUUUAAAUGAUACAAAAGAAAUAAUGAUUGAUAGUGUUGAUUUUGGUUUAUAUAUUCAUGAUGAUAAUUGUAAAAAUUAA